AAGAAGACUCUAAGCCAAUCAGAAAGCAAUUUGCUGCUGCCUGGUGACCAGCUACCAAUAGGAAGCGUGAAUGUGAGCGCGGAUAAACGGAAUUGUUGUGUGUCGGCCUCGGUGAUAUUGUGUUUGGUGACAGUAAUAAGAGUAAUUGUUUCAGGGCCGUUAAAUCCCCUCACAAUGAGCCUGUCUCUGAGAACGGAGCUCAUGGCAGACAAAACCAAGCGUAAGAAGAGGAGAGAGCUCACUGAGGAUCAGAAACAUGAAAUCAAAGAAGCAUUUGAGUUGUUUGACACAGACAAAGACAAAGAAAUUGACUACCACGAGCUGAAGGUGGCAAUGCGUGCACUCGGCUUUGAAGUGAAGAAAGUGGAUGUUCUCAAGAUCCUUAAGGAUUAUGACAGAGAGGGAAAUGGGAAAAUAACAUUCGAGGACUUCAGCGAAGUUGUGACUGAUCGCAUCCUAGAGCGAGAUCCGAAAGAGGAGAUCAUGAAAGCCUUUAAGCUGUUUGAUGAUGACGAAUCAGGAAAGAUCAGUUUGAGGAACCUGAGACGUGUGGCUCGGGAACUUGGGGAGAAUAUCAGCGAUGAAGAGCUCCGCAGCAUGAUCGAGGAGUUUGAUACUGACGGAGAUGGUGAAAUAAACCAGGAGGAGUUCCUUACAAUUAUGGGCGGGGAGUCCUGAUGAGGGAUUUCUCUGUUGCUGAGGACUUCUUGGUUGGAUUGGUCGUCCAAUUUGUGAGCAGUUAAGCGACUUGACUGUCAACAAGGACGCACAGCUUCCUCUGAAGCAUCGCAGGUGGACAGAAGUUGUUUCAUUGACCCUGAGGGUUGUACUUGAGUCAUUCCAUAAAAGCACUGAACUGUGUGACAGAUUCAAUGUCAGCCAAACUCAUUUCUUAUUGAAGGUGAAAGUUAAAGUAUCAAUAUCAUGCUAGUCUUUAAAAUUAGCUAGUUGUUGUUGAGUUUUUGUUGGGUUUUUCCCCCAUGUCAUAACAUCUUUGUUAAAUAUUUAAUGUGUUUUGCAACCAUUUCACACCUUUCUGUAAUUAGAUCCUGUAAAAAGAUCUUUUCACUCUUUUAUAAACACAUUAAUUUACUGUUGGGGAAAAUAUAGACAAAUAGCAGUAAAAUGUUGUUGCUUUUAUCAGAAGUGUCUGUAUAUUGUAAAGGACACAUAUUUCAUACAUGGCUAUUUUGAAUGGUUGUAUUUCCAGUUUACAUGUGCAUGUUCAAGUGUUCUAUUUAUUUUUGACACAAUAAACUGGUUUCCCAGCAA